AGCAGAUGAAAUUUCAAGGAAAAAAAAAGAAAAAAAAGAAAAGAAAAAGGCCCUUUUUGAGUAUAAUUGGUAAUAGUUUGAUGGGUUCUGCGUGAAAGUUGGGUUGCAAUUGGGAAAGUGCCAUGUGGUGAGCUCAGAUGUUUGCACAUGGAUUUUGCCAUUUUAUAGCUUUGAGACUGUGGAAAAAAAAAACUCUUAGGAAAAUCAAAUUUUGCUUUUGUCAAGAGAAUCGGUUGCAGAUAGAAAUUCAACUGUUUGUUCUUGGAGAAAACAGGAGACACAGUUCUUUUAGUAAAGCUGAGUUAGAGAGAAAGAGGCAAGUGAAUUUCUUGACAUUUGUUUGGUUUCUGUUCUUGUCCUUCUUCAAAUUUAAUAUACACCCAACUUUCUUCCUCUUUUCUAGAGUUCUUGCUUGCACUUAACCAUGAGAAUAUGCAGAAACUUUCUGGGAAUUUUUUUUGCUCUAUAAAUCUCUUCUGCAACCACUGAAUCCUUCUUGUUACUUUCUAGAUCCACUAUAGUCUUUUUGGCAGAUCCCCUUCUUGUAGUCCAACCCAUUUCUCAUGUGUCUUUGGUUAUCUUUCUGAUCUCUGAACAUGGAAAGCUCAGCUGAAAAUCAAAUCUGCUACGCUUUAUAUUUCUCUAGAACCUCUCUUCUUUGGGCUGCUGUAAUAAUUCCUUCUCUAGCUCUUACUUGUUUCUUGAGCCCAGGGCUCUCUCCUUUGCUUCUUACAUUUUCAGUUUUGGUUCUAUCAACUGUUUCCAUAGUCACAUUUACAAAGAGAAGAGUGAUUCCAAAUGAAAGAUCAAUACAAGGUGAGAAUGCAAAACAGAAGAUCAAUGCUGCCCAGCCCAUUGAAGUUGGAGGUGUGCUUCAAGAGAAUGCAGUUGAAACCCUGGAUUCUGGGUCUGAAAGCACUGAACCAGAAUCGAUCACAAGUGAAGAGUUUGAGGGUCAGAGCCCAGCCACCUCUGAUUGUUCAAUCUCGGAUGAUGAAGAUAGCCUCAUUGAAAUUGCCCUCCCAGGCCAGCAGUCUGCUUACUCCAAAGAAGAGCCAAAGCAAAAGCCUCAGUCAAAUCUGCCGGAUUACUUGCCGGAGUCCAUUCUGCAGCAACAAGGCCUGGAGGAACUCUUAGCGGAGAUUCAUGAAGUGAAUGAGGAAGAGAACUUGAUUGAGAUUGACAUUUCCAUUGGCUCCAUCAAGUGUUCAAGGUUUGAGAUAGAAGCAUGAUCAAGUAGAAAUUAAUGAGACUUCUAAAUUUUGAUCCUCGUGUUUUAGGUUCUUGGUUUGAGACCCUUCUUCAAAAGCUUGAUACUGAUUAAAGCAUUGAGCCCAGUGCCAUUGUUUAACUUCUUCAUUUCAUCUUAAUCCCACUUGCCUUUGUUUAUGGAUGGGAUUGUCGAUAUUUUUUGUUUUUUUCUUUUUUGGUUGCUUUUUAGGUGAAGAGGUGAAGAAAUUCUCCUCUUGUUUGUUUGAAUGGAAAAAAGGGGUUUGGGAAA